AUGACCCACCGGUGGGUGGGUGGGUCAAGCAGUGAUUAUUCUGAUGUAGAAGAGGAUGAAUGGAAUUGGGAAGAAAAAGAAAAUAUUGUCAAUAUAAAACAAUUUACUGAAGUUGCCGAUUUAUGUGAUGAUUUUUUUGAAAUGGUAGUUAGAGAAACGAAUAAAUAUGCAGCACAAAUGAAAAUGAAAGAGAAAACAAAAAUGAGCGAGGAGUGGUUUCCACUAACAAAUGAUGAAGUUACAGCAUAUUUUGCGUUAUGCACUAUAAUGUCGCAGAUAAAAAAAUUUAAAAUAGAUAUGUAUUGGUCGAAACUAAAAAUAUUAGAAACACCCAUAUUUUCUCAAACUGUGCCUCGUAAACAUUUUUUGGCCAUAACGCACUAUCUUCAUUUUGUGGAUAAUGAGAUAGUUUCUAAUGAAGACAGAAUACGAAAG